AUGCGGAGGCUGCUGAUUUUGAGUGUGCUACUGGGGGCAAUCUUUGCCAAAGACAACUUUGUGGGGCACCAGGUUCUCCGAAUCUCUGCAGCUGAUGAAGCCCAGGUGCAGAAAGUGAAGGAGUUGGAGGAGCUGCAGCAUUUGCAGUUGGACUUCUGGAGGGACCCUGCCCGGGCUGGUCUCCCCAUUGAUGUCCGAGUGCCCUUCCCUAGCAUCCAGUCUGUCAAAGUAUUCUUGGAACAUCAUGGGAUAAGCUAUGAGGUCAUGAUUGAAGAUGUGCAGUCCCUGCUGGAUGAGGAACAGAAGCAGAUGUCCGCAUUCCAGGCCAGGGCCCUGUCCACUGACACAUUCAACUACGCCACCUAUCACACCCUCGAAGAGAUCUAUGAAUUCAUGGACCUGCUGGUGGCAGAGCACUCACAGCUCGUAAGCAAGGUCCACAUUGGCAACACCUUUGAAGGCCGCCCCAUCUAUGUACUAAAGUUCAGCACCGGAAAGAGCAAAGGCCCAGCAAUCUGGAUCGACACCGGCAUCCAUUCCAGGGAGUGGGUCACCCAGGCCAGUGGUGUCUGGUUUGCAAAAAAGCUCACUAAAGACUAUGGCCAGGACCCAGUUCUCACAGCCGUUCUUGACAGCAUGGACAUCUUCCUGGAGAUCGUGACCAACCCUGACGGUUUUGCCUACACCCACAAAACGAAUCGCAUGUGGCGCAAGACUCGAUCACGCACCCAGGGCUCCCUCUGUGUUGGGGUGGACCCUAACAGGAACUGGGAUGCUGGCUUUGGAAAGCCCGGAGCUAGUAGCAACCCCUGCUCGGACACUUACCGCGGCAAGUUUCCCAACUCUGAAGUGGAGGUCAAGUCCAUCGUGGAUUUUGUGACGAGCCACGGAAAUAUUAAAGCCUUCAUCUCCAUCCACAGCUACUCCCAGCUCCUUCUGUAUCCCUACGGCUACACAGCAGAACCGGCCCCUGACGUGGAGGAGCUGGAUCAGCUAGCUAAGUCUGCUGUGGCAGCCUUGACAUCUCUACAUGGGACCAAGUUCAAGUAUGGCAGCAUCAUUGACACAAUCUAUCAAGCCAGUGGGAGCACUAUUGAUUGGACCUACAGCCAGGGCAUCAAGUACUCUUUCACUUUUGAGCUACGGGACACUGGGCUCAGGGGCUUCCUGCUGCCUGCCUCCCAGAUCAUCCCCACGGCGGAGGAGACAUGGCUGGCUCUUUUGACUAUCAUGGACCAUACCGUCAAACACCCUUACUGAGGCAGUCCUGAGCCCCCA